ACAACAGACCGGAACCAGAACCGGACCAUGAGCCUGCGCGCCUUCAUGCUGUGUGUGUGUCUGCUGCUUCAGAGUGUCGGAGCCAGACCCGCUUCUGAGCUACAGAACCUGGAGCGGCUGCUUCAGGACCAGCUCAGCUCCACGGAGCAUCCCGAGGAGGACCGGCUGGACAGGACGCGGGAGGAACCGCAGCUGGGGGGUUCCUCCUCGCGGGAGGCGGCAGAUGAAAGUGCGCUCACGCGCCUCUUCGCGGACCUCCUGAGGACCUCGAAGCGCUCGUGGGGGCGCUAUAAGAAGGGCGGGAUGCGGAGCUGCUUCGGAGUCCGGCUGGAGAGGAUCGGCUCCUUUAGCGGACUGGGCUGCUGAGGUGGGGAGGGCGCAUCAAAUCCCCCACUGUCCAGAUCGUCCCGCGCGGGGGCUUCUCCCCCGCCUCUGUUUUGUCUGUGUCCACAGGCGCAUGAGUGGGAGCGCCAGGUAGCUGACGCGCGCGCACGCGGGUGGGGGGGGGGGGGUCUUUGGUGAUGCUCGAUGGUGUCAGUCAUGUUGCAGUAAAACUUUGAUUCUGC